AUGUCGACUAUUCCCCCCUCCCGAUCCGCUCCCGCCAAUAAGUCUGUUUUUGGAAUGGUCGGGAUGGCGGGUGCUGCCGUGGGGAGACCAGAGGAUGUCAACUCCCGGUGUCCCCACCCUUGGACACCUUUGGACCCAAGGGCUUUGCAUGCCACAUCGGUCAACCGCCGGGGAUGGAAGACUACAUAA